ACCUGCUCUGAUUUCUCCAUUAUGAAGUACUGGCCCUUGAUGGUCUGGGGUCUGGGUCUUGGGAUUCUCGAUAGAACAAGGGGAGGUGUAGCGGGUUUGGCUCCGUUUUGAAGAUACUUGGAGUCUUCUAGGGUAGAAAAAUCAUGACCCCGAUACCCGCCGACGCCGGCGCGCCUCCCCCCGCUCCAGGCGAGCCACCCGCGGCUCCAGGGCAACCAGGUGCAGAGGCUCAGCCACCAGUGAUUACACAGACGAGAGAAGAAUUGUUAUUUUAUGCCCCGGAUUACCUGUGUUUGACCAUCGUGGCCGUAAUUUUAUUCCCUCCCCUGGGAAUACCAGCACUCAUAUUCUGCGUAAAGACCAGAGGCGCCAACAAGAAAAGCCAAUGGGAAGAAGCUUAUAUCAACUCGGGCCGAACUGGUUGGCUGGACGUAUUUGCCAUACUCAUCGGUUUAGGCAUCAUUUAUUUCUUAGUUCUAUUUGUCUGAAGUCCAGGCCCAAUAGCUGACAGGUUCACCCACCCCAACAGGACCGGCUCACCAAGACGCUAACCAGCCAGAUCAGCCACCAUGCAAGAAAACAACAGCUGGAUAUCCCCUAGCCAGAAAACCUACCAGCCAAGGAGCUCAACAUCCAAGCAACCCUCUAGCCCGGGAAAACACUACUUUAUGCUCUUGGCGUCCAGCUUCAUCGUUAUCCAUCUUGGACAUCUUCACUUAGAUGCUCUAGAUACCUUAAGCUCCUUGAUACUGGGCUGCUCUUUCAGGAAAAUAUUUAUUUAAACCAAUAAAAUCGAAGGUUAUGUUCCAGCUUC